CUGCUUUCUCCAAAAAAAAAAGCCACCGAUGGGCAAUUCCCCAGAUGCAGCGACGUCAGCGGGGUUGUGCCUUGGGCAAUUCCCAUUUCCCCCCUGGAGGAGCCCCUCUCCCCCGCACCCACCCACUCAAUUGUCCUCCCGACGGGCGAGGCCCCCAAAAAGUGGGCAAUUCUCGCCGAUGGUUGCCGCCCUCGUUCACCACGCGCCUGGAUCGGAGCGAGCCUGGGACACUGGGGUCAACUUAUUUGUCCACCGCCCCGUUGGAUCACGAGAUGCUUGGGCUGGACAGAUGGACUAAUAAACUAGAGGCUUGACCUGACUUGACCUGACUUGGCCGUGCACGCUCAUGACCACCCUUGCCUGUUGACUGACUCUUCCCCUUCGCUCGUGCCGUGUGUGUGACUGUCAGAAGCCGUCACGAGAGUGUGGAAGCCGAGUUCAAAGUGUCGAGGGGAACGGAAACAAUAGACAGACUUCACUGCCACAGCCACUACCACAACCACAGCCAUGGCCCACAACGCCCUCUUCUCCCUCGAGGGCCAGACAGCCCUCAUCACGGGUGGCACGCGAGGCAUCGGCCAGGCCAUCGCCGUCGCACUCGCCGAGGCAGGCGCAGACAUCCUCCUGGUCCAGAGAGACACCUCCAACCAGUCCACCCUCCAGUCCGUCGAGGCCCUCGGCCGCAAGGCCCAGAUCUACACCGCCGACCUGGCCUCGCCCCAGGACGUGGCCGGCCUCGUGCCGCGGGUCCUCGCCGACGGCCACCAGGUGCGCAUCCUGGUCAACUGCGCCGGCAUCCAGCGCCGCCACCCGUCAGAGAAGUUCCCCGACGCCGACUUCGCCGAGGUCCUGCAGGUGAACCUCAACACGCCCUUCGCCCUGUGCCGCGACGUCGCCGCCCACAUGCUCGGGCUGCCCGAGCACGGCACCACGGGCCGCAGGGGGUCCAUCAUCAACUUCGGCUCCCUGCUCAGCUUCCAGGGCGGCAUCACCGUCCCCGCCUACGCCGCCUCCAAGGGCGGCGUCGCCCAGAUGACAAAGACCUUUGCCAACGAGUGGACCAGCCGCGGCGUCACCGUCAACUGCAUCGCCCCCGGGUACAUCGCCACCGACAUGAACGAGGCCCUGCUCAACAACCCCGAGCGGCUCAAGAGCAUCAGCGAGAGGAUACCCGCCGGCCGCUGGGGCACGCCCGACGACUUCAAGGGCCCGACUGUGUUUCUUGCGAGCAAGGCCGGCGCGUACAUGAGCGGGCAUACCUUGACUGUUGAUGGUGGGUGGAUGGGAAGGUGAUCUUGUAUAUAUAUAGAGUGUUUGAAUUUAGAAGUAUUUAUUUAUGUAUGUAUGUGUGUGUGUCAAAUAUCAAUUCCCCAUUACAGAC